CUAUGUGUGGGCCCUUUCACGGAGGUAAUGAUACUCGUAGUAGAGAGCGGACAGGCCCUGGCCAUUCUGCGAGAAGUAGGCAUGGUCAGUGGCGAUGGCCCUCAAGUUGGCGUCGAUCGCCUCGUCCCACAUGCCCCGCCUCCAGGAGAUGUGUGUGGGCAUGUGCUCGAAAUGAGCGAUCCUCCCAUCAGAGAAACUCGGCAGCUGCUGCGCCGCCAUCAAUCCCAACUCGUCAGUGGUGUUCCUCUCCGUGAGAUGGAUGUACGUGUGCCAGGCUCCUGGAUGGUGGGGAUACUCGGGGAUGGCACCCCGCAAGAUGCUGAUGGCCUGCUCUCGGUGCGACAGGGAGGCGUCGAUGGCGUCGGCGAAGAGCAUGGCGUCCGUCAACAAAGCCACGAUCUCUGCCUCAACGGCCGGCUGGUCAGCAUGGUGCGACCGCAGGUCUUGCAGAGCCGCAAUGAGGUACUGCUGGCCCUCGCCUGGCGUCUUCUGCGUGAGCGACUCAUGAAGCUCCUCGAUGAGCCGCUUCUCCAAAUCGCUGAUCUCUCUCUCGCCGCCGGCCUCUUCCGCCUCAUUUCGCCGCAGCAACGACACGGACGUCUUGCUGUAUGGGAGGGCCGCUGACGUGAGUGGGUGUCCAGCUUCGAUGGCCUCGUGCUUGCGGCAGAUGGCGAUGCCCCAGUAACACAUGGCACACUUCGCGUCAUGAUGAGCCGCCAACCGAAACUGCACACCAACAAACACAAGCGAUGAGCAGGCACACAGGUGCGUGUUGUGGUCGUUUAUCUUUCGUACAUGGUGUUCUCCUUCUUUGUAGGCAUACGCGUAGAACCAGAGAAGGCCCCUGUCGAAAGAUUUCGCCGCCUGAGCCACACUCGAGACCGCCACAGGAAAGGAGAACUCACCAGCCGCGACGUGUGUCACCGCAAUAAGGCUGAUCAGCGACGGCAGAAGCCAAGAACACAUUGCGAGCUGAGCCGCAACGAUAGAAUCCGUCAAAAGUUGUCAAGAUCUCCCAGACGAGGUGAGACUAGCAUCACGCUCACCAUCACAUCUCGCCGGCCUUCAGAAAUCAGUUCCUUCUUCUCGGUCCAG